AUGGAGGCGGCCGUCGGCGCGCCGGACGGCGGGGAGCGGGGCGGCGUGGGAGCGCGCGACGAGGCGACGUCCAUGGACGUGCAUCUGCAGAAGAUGGGCUUGUAUCGGAAAUUGGUCGCCAAGGACGGCUCGUGCUUGUUCCGGGCAGUGGCCGAGCAGGUAUUGCACUCCCAAUCUCGCCAUGUGGAAGUUAGAAUGGCCUGUAUUCGCUAUCUUCGAGAGAACAGAGAAAAAUUUGAAGCGUUUAUAGAAGGGUCAUUUGAAGAGUAUUUAAAACGUUUGGAAAAUCCACAGGAAUGGGUAGGACAAGUGGAGAUAAGUGCCCUUUCUUUAAUGUACAGGAAAGAUUUUGUAAUAUAUCGGGAGCCAAACGCAUCUCCUUCACAAGUAACUGAAAAUAAUUUUCCUGAAAAGGUGUUGCUGUGUUUUUCCAAUGGAAAUCAUUAUGACAUUGUCUAUCCCUUAAAGUAUAAAGAUAGUUCUGCCGUGUGUCAGUCUCUCCUUUAUGAAUUGCUGUAUGAGAAAGUAUUUAAAACUGAUGUUAGUAAAAUCAUGAUGGAACUAGAAACCUCAGAAGGAGCUGAUGAAGACAACAGUGAAAUAUCAGACUCAGAGGAUGAGAAUUGCAAGAGCAAAACUGCUGCUACUGAUGUGAAUGGAUUUAAAGCUUUGUCGGGCAAUGAGAACCCAAAGAACAAUGGGAACUCCAGGAGCCUUCCUUUGUCUAGCAAGGUUCUUAAGUCACUCAACCCUGCAGUCUAUAGAAAUGUGGAGUAUGAAAUUUGGCUGAAGUCUAAACAAGCGCAACAAAAACGUGAUUAUUCCAUUGCUGCUGGCUUACAGUAUGAAGUUGGAGAUAAAUGCCAAGUGAGAUUGGAUCAUAAUGGAAAAUUUUCUAAUGCAGACAUUCAAGGGGGUCACUCUGAAAAUGGACCAGUUUUGGCUGAGGAACUGGGAAAAAAACAUACACCGAAGAACCUCAAGUCACCUCCCCAGGAAAGCUGGAACACAGUGUCAGGAAAGAAGAUGAAGAAACCUCCAAAUUCUGGACAGAGUUUCCACUCAGACAUGGAAUACAGAGGGCCAAAGAAUCUAAGCAAGCCAGUAAAAGCCCCAUCAGCAUUGCCUCCUCGGCUGCAGCACCCUUCAGGCAUAAGGCAGCACACGUCCUCCAGUCAUUCUUCAGGGCCCCAGGCUCAGAGACCCUCCGGGGAACACAAGAAUGUUAGUAGGACACCCACACAGAUCGUAAGAAAACCUGAUCGUGAACGAGUUGAGGAUUUUGAUCACAUGAAUCGCGAAUCUUACUACUUUGGCCUUUCCCCAGAAGAGCGCAGAGAGAAGCAAGCUAUUGAAGAGUCGCGUUUACUCUAUGAGAUUCAGAACCGGGAUGAACAGGCUUUCCCUGCUCUUUCUAGCACAUCAGUCAGUCAGUCGGCAUCUCAGAGUAGCAACCCGUGUGUACAGAGGAAAUCUUCACACACAAACGAGAGGAAAGGAAGCAGGCGGAGAGUGGACGCAGAAGAACGGAAGGACAAAGACUCUACCCAUGGACAUACUCACUUGGAUAAAAAACCUGAGCCAAGCACACUGGAGAAAAAUAGUGAUGAUAAAUGUACAAGAGUUUCAUCACCAUCAAAGUCUAAGAGAUUAGAGAGCCCGUCUCCUGCCGAACAAAAGCCAGCAGAACAUGUGUCUUUAUCAAAUCCAGCUCCCCUUCUAGUUUCUCCAGAAGUACAUCUCUCUCCUGCGGUGCCUUCUCUACCAGCCACUGUGCCAGCCUGGCCAAGCGAACCUACAACUUUUGGACCAACAGGUGUCCCUGCUCAAAUCCCCGUCCUGUCUGUGACACAGACUCUGACCACUGGACCUGAUGCGGCUGUGUCACAAGCUCACUUAACACCCUCUCCAGUCCCCGUUCCCAUGCAGCCUGUUAGCCAGCCCGUGAUGCCUUUGCCCCAGACACUGAGCCUUUACCAAGACCCGCUCUAUCCUGGGUUUCCUUGUAGUGAAAAGGGAGAUCGAGCCAUUGCACCGCCUUUCUCACUGUGUCAGACCGGCGAGGACCUUCCUAAAGAUAAAAACAUUCUUCGAUUCUUCUUCAAUCUUGGUGUGAAGGCAUAUAGUUGUCCUAUGUGGGCCCCACAUUCUUACUUGUAUCCUUUGCACCAGGCCUACAUGGCAGCCUGCAGGCUGUACCCAAAAGUCCCAGUUCCUGUGUACCCUCACAGUGCUUGGUUCCCAGAAGCUCUUUCUGCCCAGAAUGAAAGUGAUUGCACUUGUACUGAUGCACACUUCCCUAUGCACACUGAAGCCAGUGUUAAUGGUCAGGUGCCACAGGCUGAAAUUGGACCGCCAACGUUUUCUUCACCUUUGGUUAUUCCUCCAUCUCAGGUGUCUGAAGGUCAUGGGCAGUUGUCUUACCAACCUGAUCUUGAAUCUGAGAACCCUGGGCAGCUUCUUCAUGCCGAAUAUGAAGAGUCCCUCAGUGGCAAGAACAUGUACCCACAGCCAUCCUUUGGACCGAAUGCAUUCUUGGGCCCAGUGCCCAUCGCUCCUCCUUUCUUUCCUCCUGUUUGGUAUGGGUACCCUUUUCAAGGGUUCAUAGAGAAUCCUGUAAUGCGGCCGGGUGUUGUCCUGCCCACUGAUGAGAAAGGAGAAUUGGAUUUGCCGCUAGAAAAUCUGGAUCUGUCCAAAGAAUGUGUUUCCGGUUCAGCAGUAGACGAGUUUCCAGAAGCCAGGGGUGAAGGUGCACAUUCUCUCUCUGAAGCAAAUGUGAGCAGUCAGCCUGAAGGCCGGGUGGAGCAGUCGUCCCAGACACGAAAGGCAGAUCUGGCCUUGGUCUCCUCCGCCUCCUCUGGAGCUGAAGGAAAGGUUCAUCCUCCCACUCAGAUUCUGAGCACAGAGAGAGAAACUGUGUGUGUUGAACUUGAGCCUAAGAGGACCAUUCAAAGUGCAAAAGAAAAAGAGAAAGCAAAAGAUCCUAAGACUGCUGCUGCUGAUGUUGUCAGCACUGGGGCCAACUCUGUGGAUAGAUUGCAAAGACCAAAAGAAGAGAGUUCUGAAGAUGAAAAUGAAGUAUCUAAUAUCCUGAGAAGUGGCAGAUCCAAGCAGUUCUAUAAUCAAACUUACGGAAGCAGGAAGUACAAGAGUGAUUGGGGCUAUUCUGGUAGGGGUGGAUAUCAACACGUGAGAGGUGAGGAGUCCUGGAAAGGACAGCCUAACAGAAGCAGAGAUGAAGGUUAUCCAUACCACCGAAAUGCCAGAGGACGGCCAUACAGGGGAGAUAGGAGGAGAGCGGGGAUGGGAGAUGGCCACAGGGGACAGCACACUUAGUGGUGGUUUUUCAUCUUGUAGAGCAGAAACCCUUCUGUGGAGGAUUUCUGAAGGCUUUAAGAAAAUAAUUAAAAUAAAAUCCAACUUGGAACUAUCUCCUCCCCUACCCCUUUACCCUCAUUCCUAUUUUGGAUGAGAUUUUGGACACGAGUUCAGGGGGCAGGUGAAUUUCUGGCAUUGCCAUUUUUCUUAUUCAGAAUCUGUUUAUCAGGUGACUGCCCCCGUAAAAAGUGAACACGAGUUUUAAGUAUUUUUUAUAAACAGCUCAAUUUAAAACAUAGACUUAGUGUUUAUUUUUUCCUUCUCUGUUUGAUUUCGAACAUUGGAAAUGUGUGCUUUAUAGUGUUUACUGAAGUAACAAGAAAAACCAUUUGACACACUAGAUUCCAAAACAUUGCACCAAAUAGAAAUGGUUAUUUUAUUAUGCAAUGCCUUAGUCAGAAACUGGGCUCAAACAGUUCUCAGCCUAAAACACUGUUGUCUUUUUAAAUGCUUCCAACCCAAAGGCCUUUCAUCUCAAUAUCUGUCAAACUUGAAUAAUGUCUUCUCUUUAAUAUUACACAUGAGGCAGCCUAUUAACCUGUGUCUUAGAAAUGUUGUAUAUAGUUCUUUUAAUAUUCAUAGGGUAUAUUUUUGAAUUUGGUGAGUAUUUGUUGAACUUGAUUGCAUACAAGAAUAGAUGUUAAAGUCACAGUAGGAAGUCCAGUGAGGUGGCUGUUUCCAUCAAGAAUUCUUAGCACUGGUGUAAAUAUCAUGGUGCCUACUCGAAAGAAUGGUAGAUGCUAUGCAUUUUGAAAAUAAUCUGCAUCUGUUAAAACUGCAGAGGCUUUUUUUUUUUAAUGCCACUUUAACACUAAUGCACUGACAGAUACUAAAUAUUUUGUGAGGAGAAAAGUUAAAACUUCUUCGCCUGAUGGGCUUCUGUAGAGUGUACCAUGGCUCUGUUCAUCACCUUCAUUUGCAUGUUCCCUUGUCAUCGCUGGUUCUUGUGCAAACAGAUGAUCGUUGCUGGAAAAUGCUUUCGCUUUGCCUUUUAUGAUCUGUCACUCUUCGGUAACCUGUCUGAUCCUGCUUCUUUCCAGUCUGCAGUGUUCUCUAGAGGUUCCCUUUGCAUGUCGCACUCUUCUCUCCUUUGGAGAUUGGCCUCUGAAUUAACAACAGUAUUCAUUCAUCUUGUUACUUUGUAGAACUAACUGUAGCUUGUAUUUCUAAUUUGUACAUACCAGUGUGAAAAUCUAUCCUUCUGUUAAGUUGAUCACCCUUUGAUCAGGAAGUUUGAGUGCUAUGCAAAUAAUAUGGUAGUAAUUUUUCUUUGCAUGUCAUGUGUAAUAUGUCUAGCCAAAAAUAGAUGUGGCGGCUUUUAUUUUUUGGGGCAAUUAGAAGCAAAUACAAUUCACUUGAAUUUGACAUACUGAUGAAGCAGGUGAGUUUUCUGUGUUCUCUGAUAAUCUGUAGGAAUGUUUGGAUGUCAGCUAGGCUCAGUAAAUCUCCACUGUACUGUAAUAAUGGUUAUUACCUCUGUGCUGUUUUAAUUACCUAAUGUCUGUGUAACUGCUGAUUUGAGUAGUGAUUAGCAUCUAGGUGUUUUGUAACAUAGGAGUUUAGCAAGCACUUUGAAAGAUAACAUUUUAUUAUGAUGGUGCUAGGAAAAAUGUGUAUAGACUGGGAUGUGUGGUAAAGAAAAAUACUUGAGAGAACCUGUUGAAAGGAAUAUCUGUUGUCAACUUCUAAGAUAGAAUAGUUGUAAAGGGUUCUGCUUAAGCCAGUUCUUUUUUUUUUUUUUUUUUAAUAUCAAUGGCUGAAUUAUGGAAUGAGAAGUUUAGAAGGUCUUAAACUUUUAGUCCUUGCUUUUUUUUUAUGUAGAAUUAGAUUAUCCAGUAAUUUUUAUUAUGAAAACCACAUUUUGAUUUUAAAAUAUCAGAUUUAAAAGUUUGAUAUGUUUGGUCUCAGGAGUCCAAAAGAAACAGUUGCUGUUUCCAGUGUGCUGUGUAUUGACAGGGGUUUAAUCUGUUUCUGGGAGUGUUAAUAAUUGGACAUUGGCUUCUCCACUGUCACUUUGUCUGACCUCCGUGAAGUGACAUACGCCAGAGCUCCUGGGGAGACAUGCAGUUUGCUUCCUCUUUCCUCAUCAAACCUCUAGAAUCUGAAGGGUCAGGGGUGAAAGAGAAUUCUGGCAGGUGGUACUUUCCUAGUGACUUCAGUAAUAAAAGAGCUCUGACUUCUUAACAAGCUUUGUAUGAAAGGUCAGUUUUCUUCUUGUGGUGUGUUUUUAAAGGUCUCCAUCCAGGGGAUUUUGCCUUAUGCUGAGGUUCAACUAAGGCCAAGCGAGCUUUUGCCUUCGUCCAUCUUAGUGGCGUGUCAUUCUAUGUUGACAUGAGGUGAUACUGCUGUGGAAAGGAGCAAGAUGGUAGACAGAGAAUCACUUAAGUUGUAAUUGGCAAAUUAUGUAACUUUAUGAUCAGAUACAUUUAUAACAAAACGCUUAGACUAACCAAAAAGCUCACCUGUUGUUUUUAGUUAGGUGCUUUGCUGAACUUGAGCUCAGACUCUUUUCCUUUCAGUAUUUCUCUUCAAGUUUACUUUCUUUCAGAAUCCAUCUUCAGUUUGUACCCCAUGUGCUCCUGGGCAGCAGGAUGCUGGCAGCUGUGUAGUCCUUGGGCUCCCUGUAACCCACAAGUUCAUCUUCACAGCAGAACUAAGCUCAGACCCUGCAUCCACCUGACAGGAGUAGGUUUUCACCAGCUGCUCCUUCAGUGCAAAUGCUAUUCUUACAGUGUGUUGAUUCCUUUGCCUCAAGGGCAAGUUAAAAUGCCUGUGAACUGCAAACUUGCUUGUGAUCGACUCAGUGCAAUAAAGUUCAUUUCUAACCAUUUCUGGUUUAGAAAAUACUCAGCCAUCCUAGAAACUAGCAAUAUUUAUUUUUGCCUCAUUUAUUUUACCUUCAGUUUUAGAUGAGGUAAAUCAUUUCUUUCACAUGGGUACUAAGCAAGGUCCAUUCUAGUGUAGCUGAAGAGAAAGCAGAUUUGGCUAUACUAUUUCUGUUUACUGCAUUGUGCUCCCUAUUUUAUGUCUAAAUGCCACACAUACAUACAUACACACACACACACACACACACACACACACACACACACACUUUUUUUUAAAUCUUAGUAGUGGCACACUUCUAGUACAUCCGUUUCAAAGAGCUAAGGUUUUACUAUUAGUGUCAGCCAUUUACUCCCACGAAUUGGGACUUGAAAAAAUUCCUGUUUCCCCGAAGUACAAGUUUUAGAAAUCCUUUGAGGGGUGGGUGCAUGUCUUAAUGCUGGGGAGCAACAACUCGGGGUUGAAUUUACUUGAACGGAUUAAACGUUGCAUUGUUACAGAGCUAGAAAAAUUUAUGUAUGAAAAAUGAUACUAGCCUUACACUGAGUUCAAAUAAUACUUUUAAGCAUGUGAAGAUGUGAUCAUUUGUGAUGUUACUUGUAAAGAACGUAUAUAUCCAUAUCUAUACAUAUCUUUUGAAGUGUGGAGAGGAAAUAGUACUUUAUAUUCUUUAUCAUAUCACUUUUUGUAAGUGUUGAAUAUAUUCCUGUUUAUUUUUCUAUGUUCUGUUUUGUAGCCUUAAGAAGUGUUUCAAACAUAUCUGAAUGUAUAAAAUAAGCGUAAAUGCCCUACAUGGUGUGAUGCUGCAUUAUAUAUAAAACUGUGUGCAUAUAUUAAAUUUUGUCUGUUGA